GGCCUCGGCAGAGCCAUCCUGUUCGAGACCAACAUGAACCACUGGAGAGAGCUUGCCGAGCUGACGAGCCUGUUGGUUGACCACAUCCUCUAAAAACAUCCAACUGUUCGACAUAUUGCUUACCUGUUUUUCUUACUCGUUUCAACUUUAUCUUCUGUCCUCGUCCAAUAUAGAGCUUUUUCUGUCUUGGUGUCAUGUCUGGCAGGCGUUUUUCGGGUGUAUUCUUUAACCGGAAGCGACUCCCACAUGCUUGGCGCAGGACGCCGCUCGAGCACAUCUGAACGCCACUGCGGACUUUUGUCUCUCCUCCUGUAUCAUUCCGCGGUUUUUUACACAACUCUGAGGACACCAUGGACAAGCUGGCCACUGUAGAGCAGGUCUCGAAGAACAUCCUGCGCGUUCUGGCGCUGAACCCUGGCCCGUUCACGCUGCAGGGCACCAACACGUACAUAGUCGGUAGCGGCCCGCGCCGGACCCUUAUUGAUACUGGCGACGGCGCUGAGCCCGAGUACCUGGCUUUGUUGCGCAAGAGCCUCGGCAGUUGCCGCAUUGACCAGAUUUUACUGACGCACUGGCACCUGGACCACAUUGGCGGACUAUCAAAGAUGCUCAGCGAUACGUCGAUUACGACGCCCGACUGCCGUGCGUUCAAGAACAGCCAUUCCGGUGUCGACGGGCAGCAGAGGGUCGCCGAGGCACUGGCAGCGGCCGCCAAGAGUGGCCGACUGUUUGACAUACGGGACUCGCAGGAAUUCUGUCUGGACGGGGCGGUGAUCAAGGCAGUGUUUACGCCAGGACACACUGAGGACCAUAUGGCGUUUACGGUCGACGAGGGCAGCGGGCCGAUGCUGGUGACUGGGGACCUCAUUCUGGGCCAGGGCACCACGAUUGUGGAUGAUUUGGCACCGUACAUGGACUCGCUGCAGCGAGUGUUGGGGAUUCAGCCUGCAGCGCUGCUGCCUGGCCAUGGCCCUGUUAUCCACAGCACAGGCGAUGCAGUCAAGGUCAUUGAGGGGUACAUCAGCCACCGCAACAUGCGUGAGCGCCAGAUCCUAGCUGUGCUGGGCCGUGAAACCGCUGGGCGCCGCCGGGCGUGGAGUGUGGCAGACAUAACCAGCGACAUAUACCCGGAAGUAACGGAUCCAAGGGUCAUCCUGGCCGCACAGCACAACGUCACACUGCACUUGCAGAAGCUGCUGGCCCAGGGCAAAGUCGACAGGGCUGGUGGCAAUGACGCUCUGUGGGUCCUGAGAUCCGCUGCGGCCAAUAUCUGACUCCGCGAGCCGAGCCGGCUCCAGGUCCCUUCAAUUUUCGGCUUGUGAUUUCACCAAGUCGGCUCGCAGAACAAAAAUUUUUUUUUUAGUUGGGUCUUUAAACACAGAUCGCACAUGUAGCUCUCUUCCUCUUCGCCUCUAGCAGCAACCAAUUUUAUACAUAUCCUAUUUCAUC